AUGGCACUUUCCGCACCAAGCACAGACCCCAAAGUCCUAAUCGCACAAGAAACAAGCACAGACCAAAUCUUCCCCAAGUUCACAGCAGACACCGCCUGGCAACUCGGAAAUGCACUGAGGGACCGAAUCCUCCGCCUCCCGGAGGGCCAACGCAAGCCCGCCCUGGUCUCCAUUGCGCUCAGCGGGGGCGCCCCACUCCACGUGGUGUUCCAGUCUGCGACAGAGAGCGGCACGAUCCCAGACAACGAGAACUGGGUGCGACGGAAGCGCAACACCGUGCUCCGGUUUGGGAUCUCGAGUUGGGCUAUGAGACGGAAGAUGGUUAGUGGGCUUGCGGCUGGUGCGUCGGCGAACGAUGUCGAGGCGGCUUUUGUUAGCAAGUAUGCUGUGCCGAGUGCUACUGGGGGUUCUGUUGCGGAUGAAUAUGCUAUCCAUGGUGGUGCGUACCCGAUUCGCGUGCGUGGUGUUGAUGGGAUUAUUGGGGUUGUUGUUGUUAGUGGGUUGAAGCAGGAGGAUGAUCAUCAGGUCGUUGCGGAGACUAUUCAGGCGUUCGUGGCUCAGCAAGCGAAAUAG